AUGACAGGCCAACCUAAGAAGCUGGCCGCGGCUCAGGUCGCCGACUUCCUUCGUGCCGGGAUUCAACUCGUCGGGCAAUUGUACGAACUCCAUGAACACGACGAUGAUCAGCCUUCGCCGGACUGGGGUGCAAACCAAACCUCGGCGCAGUUUGCAUUCCUAGAACGACAACUGUCGGAACCAUUUCCUGGUCGGGAAAUAGGGCCACUUUGUGAGCAAGAGCAGACUCUGGACAACACUCGCUCUGCCUGCGCAAUCGUCGCCCGUACCAUCCUAUCGCGCCUGAACCUGAUACAGACGUUCAGUUCGCGAUUCCCACAGGAAAUACGGACUUUCAAACAACUCUGGCCGCGAGAGGAUGUAGAGAUUUUGGAGGAACGACUGGGCAUCUUCAAGUCAGAGCUCGGGUUAGGGAUCCGGUCGAGUCAACACACUGGAACUCGGGAAUCUCUGGACUCCGCUGCUGCUGCGAAUUCCCUGGAUGAACGUGAAUUCGAUACUCAACGGAAAGCAAUAGCAACACCGAAGAGUAAGCUGCCAUCAGGGAACAGUGCGGUGUCCCUUUUUGGAAAGACGCCGGCUGGAGGGAAAAGUAGGACGGGUCCAGAUUCACAAUUAUACAAUAAGAAUACGGAGUUCACCGACCAGGAAAUGAUCAUCCGUGAUUUUCUGCUUGAGAGUCUAAAAUUCUCAUCAAUGACUGACAGAGAAGACAGUGUAACCGUUGCCCAUGGGGCCACUUUUGACUGGAUAUUUACCAGUAAAGAGCCCGGGCAUGAGAAGUCGCACGUGGAGGAAUCACUCACUACUUGGUUGUCGAAUGCCCACGAUAGCGGCAUCUUUUGGAUUAGUGGGAAGCCAGGAUCAGGCAAAUCGACGCUGGUACGCUUUCUACGGCACCACCCCACCACUUUAGAUCUCCUUCACCGAUGGGCAGGGAAUGAGCCGCUCAUCACAGCCGGAUUUUACUUCUGGAUCAGUGGCACCUUGGAGCAAAGGUCGCAGACGGGCCUCAUGCGUCAUCUCUUAUUUCAAUUGCUGGACCAGGAGAAGUAUCUCGUUCCCAUUGUGUUUUCAGCAAAGUGGAAGCACUACCAGUCUCUCAGCACGCGAGAACGGAUCAAAGCCUCCGUCUCAUGGGAGCUGCAAGAGCUCAAGGAUGCUCUCAAAAGCUUUAUGCAGCAUACCGUGGGCCAAGCGAAAAUCUGUCUCUUCAUCGACGGGCUAGAUGAGUGUGCGGGGAAUCACAAGGACAUCGUUUCCUUCUUUAAAACUACGGCUUCCCUAUUUUCUCAUGUGAAGUUCUGUUUAUCUAGCCGACAGCUAUCGAUCUUUCAGGCAGCCUUUAUCAAUAACCCCGGACUCGAGCUUCACGACCUCACCCGCCAGGAUAUGCUUGAAUAUGCUCGGGAUCAUCUACAUGGGGACUCCAUAACCCAGGUUCUGCUUGUCAAAGAUCCAGAUGGAGUAUCGCGGCUUAUCGAUGAAGUUGUCGCAAGGGCUGACGGAGUGUUCCUUUGGGUGACCUUGGUGGUGCAGUCGCUGCUGCGCCGUCAGGACUAUCGAGAGGUCUCAACAAUACACGAAUUCCUGCUUCAACACCCGGCUGACAUAGAUGGGCUCUUCACAUACUUUAUCUUUGAACAACCGGCGAAGGAUCGGACAUGUUUGAUUUCCAAACUGUUUCAGCUCCUGCAUGCUAGGGAAGAAGCAUGCCAUGCCACCGGGCAGGAAGAGGCUGUCACUAUGCAGCUAUGGGAGUUGGCGCUUGCAUGUCAAGUAGAGGGACAGAUCGAUAUUCCUGAUAAAGUCCAAGAACCGACGGCAGAUGUUAUCAAUCACAUCUGCGCACGAACCAAAGACUGCUUCUCCAAUGAUUGCGCAGGCCUGGUCAUUACGCAUGCCCCAAGCCCAUCAGGGAUUCGAACACGGGCCAAACUAACACCGGCGCGACUACUAGCAGAAAGCAAGGUCUCAUAUGUACAUCGAACCGUCAAGGACUAUCUUUCCCUUUCUCAUAUCUGGUCCCGGAUUUUGGGAUCAAUGAUAGGAACGUCCUUCGAUUCGCAUCUCGCUCUUCUCACAUCGCAUAUUCUCCAACUCAAGGGGCCCCUCGAUGGCUUCGAGCCGCAUCGACAGAUUGAUGAGUGGUGGCCCAGCAUACCCUUGGCAUUCACCCACGCCCGGCUAUCUCAAGAUGCGCGAUCCCAGCUUGUGCUGAUCCCUGAAUUUGACCGUUCCCUCUGUCAACACUGGGCGUUUCGCGAUUCCAUUGAGAAAGACCACUGGGCAAAGAAUCUCUUUUCUUCAGAUCUCGACAAGAAAUACCGCACACCUUGGCUGGUCAUACUGGAUAAGCUUCGUGAGGCCGAACGUCGUCAGUGGAUCCAGUUUCAUGACACGACUGAGGAAGGUACUCGACGUCAGGCUGCAGUCGUGUCGCUAUUUUUGCAACACGGGGCUGAUCCCGAUGCCAUGCUGCCGGAAACUCGGUUUGAUCCGUCCGCGACGGCGCUAGAAGUGAUCACCAGUAUUUAUCGGAAGUAUGCGUCACCGGAGUUUGGGAGCCUUCGGAAGGAGCUGAUCAGACUGGGGGCAAAUGCGCGAGAGGGCCAUGAUGUCUUCUACCAGGUCUAUGGAAAUUGA